AUGGACCUCAAGACAGCGGGGGGGCGGAAUAGAUAUUCACAGUCCGACAUAGAAGACCGGAGUGAAGGAACUCUGAUGCAUUGGACACACACUACGAAUGCGAACCCAAUCCCGGUCCUUCCACUGCUGUCUGAUCUCUUCAGCGAUAACGGACACCCGGGGUCAUGCGUGUGCGGUAAGGGUGCGGAUGGCCACCCGAACAGAGGCAUGCUUCAUUGUGAACCUCGUUCGAUGCCAGCUGUCUGGGACGAGCAUAGACUUUCCACGGAUGGACUGUUCAAGGGCUGGUUGAUCGCCGCAAGGAAGGCCGUUCAGAACAUCAGGCUCUGCUGCAAGAUGGCCCACGGAUCUGUGAGAUCCAGUGGUGUGAUUGGUAGGGCGAGACGCGAAGCCCAACGGCUUGAACCCGUCGAUGGGUCGCCCUUGCGACUACCCACAGGGGAAUCCGGGGAAGGCGAAUCGGGUCGCGGAGCCUUGCUGCGUGGAUUAGGCAAUCCAGAGGAAAUUCGAGAACACCUGUGUAUGCCUGCCGAGAGGUGUACAAUCAAUGACUCGUCCGUACAUCGGAAAAGCCCCGUGUUGCUCCAUGUUGGUCGUCUAAAACAACAGAAGAGCCACGAGCUGGCUAUGACAAACUUGUCUUCAGGCAAACGAUUCAUCGUGAGAAGGUCGGUUUGUUUACGGAGGAAACGCUGCCUCAUUGCAUUCUGGACGAUCGGUGACUAUCUGGCCAUGAUACUGCCAGACAUUUCAGUCUCCUCCCGCGACGAACGCAAGCUUCCACGGAAGAACAACGGCAGAACGACGGAAAAUCGUGAUGAGAUGAAUCUUCCGGUGAAGUGGACAACGGCAUGUGGGAAAAGUGCGGUCUCCGCUAGAAUCGCGGCGUGUUGUGUGCCAGAGGCAUUUCGUGUGGUGGGUUUCAGUCUCUACGCCGCGGUGAAUCCCGACAGCUCGGGGCAGUCCCGAUGUUGA